GAGUGAUGUCCAAUCAAAAGGGAGAGAUUCGAGAGCGUGAAUUAGGAACUGCUCCAAUAGGCGUCACAGGAGGUGGGAACUAAGAUUGAAUGGUUGGCGGAAAGCAAGAUGGCAGUACGGAGGCAGCUGCGGCUACUUUUCCAGGAGCCCCAGCUGGGCAACGCAAUCAUGGUGGAGCGGACGGGACCUGGGACAAAGAACUGUCACCAUAAACAGCAAACCGCAAAGACUCUGGAGAAUCCCGGAGAGCGGCUCCCGGGCGCUAGGGGGCUCAGGCUGGAGGACUGCAUGCUCUAUCAGUGCCGGAGUUGCCGUGCAGUGCUAGGAGACUCACUUCAUCUUUGCGCCCAGGAGGAGAAGCUCCGCCUUCUCGUUUGCUUCAAAGUCACUAAUGAUGUUGUUGUGGAAGAUAAACUGAUGGUCUGUAUUGAGGGAGACCUCAUUGGAUGUACCUACAACUUGUUGUACUGUCGGUCUUGUGAGGCUGGCAUAGGCUUCAGACUCUACUGUUCAAAACCACUGGCUUACCUGCGAGGCUUCUUCUGCCUUUUGAAGGAGGGUAUUGUAUGUUACUUGUUAAAAACUAAAACCACAGUUGAAGCCUCAAAGAUGACCUGUCCUCCAGUGAGCCUAAAGGAACAUGUACAAAAACUAAAGGAGAGCCUUGUCCUAGUGCACAUGCGUAUAGAACAGAUGAUUAAGAAACUAGAAGAAAUAAACCAGAAGAAGAUUGUGGCUGAGAAGCAGGGCUACAAAGCAAGACUACAUGGCCAAGCAUCUGGGAGUUCAAGGAGGAAGCUGAACAAUUAGCAGGUAGAGGUUCUGCAGAUGCAUAUUUGGAUCUGACUAUGAUGAACAUGAGUUUGUAAUUAUCUUCAUAUAGCCACUGCAUUGGUUGUUAUUUGCAGCAGAAGUGUGUCUUGGACUGACAAAUGGCUGCACAAAACUGUUUCCUUCACAGAAGACUCAAGUGCAUUCGCUGCAUAAGAACUGCUAUUAUAGUAUGCUUUUACAUGUGCAAAAUGAUUGUCAGGAUCUCACAGAAACACUUAUGUCAAUGUUAUAAUAUUGUCUUAAGUAUGAAUACAUUUGCAAGCUGCAUGUGAAGGAAAUGUAAAACAUACAGUCCUGAGGUCAGUUUCUCAGCAUUUAAAAAAAAAUAUUUAGCUUGAGACAGCUCUGUUAACCCAGGAACCUUUUGUAAGGUCAGUUUAAAAAGCUAUUAAAACCUCAUUAAAAUGAAACAUUAAGUGAAA